UCAGAAGGGCGGGGCUGUUACGAACGCGUCAGACGUUCCCUGUGGAACAGGCCUGACCAGGAAGUGUUGCUAUGCACAACCACCACAGCAGCGCUGAGGCCUCGGCCCGGCUUCCUGCGCGCCAUUUUCAAACCGCUCCUCCGCCCGCUGUUCUGUCAUCAACUAAGUAUUGCCCACUUACCCAUAAACCCUGACGAACUGCGUCCGGCCGGAGCAGGGAGAGAGAUGAGUGCUUAAGCGGCUUUCCCGGUGUUUCACAGAGCGGAAAGGAGAGAUUAAUGCUGUGUGUAACAAAGUUUGUAAGUGAGUGUUUCACUGUGCAACUGCUAUGAUGAGUACUGCUGCAGAGAGGAAAUUUAUUAACCUCAGGAAACGACUGGAUCAGCUGGGCUACAAGCAGCCGCUGGGUAUAGAAUCUUUACCACUAGUUGAAAAACUGUUCAGUGACCUUGUCCACACAACAGAAAGCUUACGCAAUGCAAAGUUAGCUGCUGGCAAGACUGAGAAAGAAAGCAAGAACUUUGACUCUGUGAUUGAACCAUACAAGGCAGAAAAUGCCAGACUUGUCAGGGAAAAUAAUGAACUGCAUCUAGAGCUUUUAAAACUCAAAGAGGAAUCUGAUCGACACAUUAAAGACUUGAAAGCUUCCCUUCGAAAACUUGAACACCAGACAGCUGACCUGAAGUUUCUAAAUAACCAGUAUGUUCAUAAAAUCCGUUCAGUGGAAAAGGAUGGCAAAGCUAAGUCAGAAAGGAUACAGCAACUUCAGGAGAAGAACUUACAGGCAGUUGUUCAAACCCCAGGUGGCAAGAAGAGAACCAUCCCCUUUAGGCGUCAACGUAUGCAGAUUGACCAAACCGUGCCAUUAUCUGGCAUAAGCAUUCUUCCUGUACCUCAACCAGAGGAUCCUUAUGUAGCUGACCUCCUGCAAGUUGCUGACGACAGAAUUCAAGAACUUCAGCAGGAAGUGGCAGCUUUAAAGGAAAAACUAGAGAUAUCUGAAAGAGGAAUGAAGAAUCUUACUCAACAGGUUGAUCUGCGAAACCAGGAGGUGGAGCGCUUGCAGUUGGCAUUAGAUGGUGGGCGUUCUCAUGAUGUCAUUUCUUUAGAAGCCAGAUACAGAAGUAAUGAAAAGCUUGUUGCCCAUUUAAACCUACAGAUUGAGUACCUUCAGAAAGCAAACAGAGAUCUUGAGAAACGUGUUCAGGAUCUUUUAGAAACCCGGCACAAUGUGACAAGUGAGGUUUUAAAUUUGAGCACCAAGAAUGAAGAACUGUGUAAAGAGCUCACUGAGAUAGACCAUCUGGCUCAGCAGCUGGAACGUGACAAAGAGAGGGUAUUGGUCACUGCAGAUGCUGAAAUUGAGGAAGCAAAGAGUGAAAUAACAAGGCUGCAACAUGAAAUGCAUGUACUUGAGAACGCAAUAUCAAAACUAAAGUCUGAUCUUAGUACAUGUGAAUUUGAAAAGAACAAAUUAGCUGAUGAGCUGGAGAAAAGAGCAGAUGAAAACCUAAAGCUGGAAUCCCUUUUGAACCAUGUUGAGCAUGAAAAACAGCGGCUUUCAAGUAAAGUUGAGAAGCAGAUGGUUACAGAGCGAGAGCUUGUGUUGGAAGUCGAGAGAAUGAGAACACAAUAUGGAAUCAUGCGCAGUGAACGCUCACCAUCUCGACUUGACUCAUUUGUUAAAUCUCUAGAAGAAGAAAGGGAUUACUAUAAAAGAGAAAUGGAAAAACUGGAACGGACUCAGAACUUUAAGUACAGCCUUCUUAGCCAUUCAAGACAAGACAGUAACCAUUUACAUGCCUCACCAGAAAAGGCUGCUGAAUGCAGUUUAGAACUGAGGCGCAUUACCAGGGAAAGAGAUGAUCUUCAAAAUAUGUUGGGAAAAUUUGAAAAUCAUAUGGCUGAGAUACAGUCCAAUGUUAGAGUGCUGACGGCAGAAAGAGAUAAGAUCCGUAUAUUAUAUGAACAGGCACAAAAUGAAUUGGUUAUGUUAAAGAAAGAAAUUUCGCCACUCUCCAAAAAGUUGUCUUAUCAGAAUGAACUGCGCCAAAUCGAGGAAGAGCGAGAUCUUGCAAUCUCUGAUCUGCGAAGAGUUACAGAUGAAAAUGAAGGUCUGAGGAACAAAAUCAAGUUUCAGCAGGAAACAUUGACCAAUGAAGAAUCACAGUUUGCACAAAAAAAUUCUGAACUUGAGAAUUCAAUCCGUAUGCUUGAAGCAGAACGGUAUGAAUUAAAGUCAACCAUGUCAAAGCUGAAAGAAAACAUAGCUUUACUGGAGAGAGAAUCCAAGAUAAAUUCUACCAAUUUAUCUCACACUUUGGAUGAAUCUUCACAGUAUAAAGCAGAAAUGAAUUCCUUAAGGCAUUUAAACGAACAAUUGCAGAAAUCUCUAGAUGAUCUUCAGCAUCGCCUUACUGUAAAAUCCAGUGAAGUACAGUUUGCACAGGACGAAAUUGCAGCUCUGCAAGAAAAUAUUGAUGAAUUAACGUCUCAGAUAUCCAAACAGACUGAUGAAAUGAAUGUGCUCAGAAAGACUGUCUCUGUACUGGAUAAGGAGAAGGAUAGCCUGCAGGAAGCUGUAGAUGAUAAAACUGAGAGGAUUGCAUGUCUAGAAGAUAACGUUGCUAAUAAAGAAAAAACAAUUACCAAUUUGAGACUGACACUUUCAGACCUGGAGAGCAGCCUUGACCAGUUGAAGGACUCUGCUGGUAAUAAAGAUCGAGAAUUAGCAAGUUUACGUCGCCAGCUUGAUUCUGUCCAAUCUGAACUUACAGAAAAUGCAAGGCUGAGGGAAAUUAGUCUAAAGGAAAACCGAAGAUUGCAAGAUGAUUUGGCCACAAUGGCGAGAGAAGCCCAGGCAGUUACAUUAGAAUUAGAAACUGUGAUGCACGAGAAAGAAGAACUUAAGUUGAGGGUUCAUGGUUACAUAGCUGAAGUUUCUAGAAUUGAAUCUUUAAUGGCUUCCAAGGAGCAAGAAAACAGAGAUCUUUUGGAUCAGUUUAGGCUGGUACAUAGUCAAGCAGAGGAGUGGGAAUCAAAAGCACAAAAUGCAGAGGGUGAGAGCAGCUCAGUAAGACUGGAGUUACUCUCUGUGGAUACGGACAGGAGACAUCUCCGUGAGAGAGCGGUGCACUUAGAGAAUGAAAUCCAAGAGCAUAUGAAUGCUCAUCAAGCAUAUGAAUCCCAGAUAUCAUCAAUGGCAAAAUCAAUCUCCAAACUUGAAGAACAGCUUAGGCAUGAACAAAAUGAAAAGACGGCCAUUUUGGCUGAUUUGUCUUCUGUGAGGGAGCUUUGUGUAAAGCUUGAUUCUAACAAAGAACAUUUCUCCAGGCAGCUGACUAUGAGAACCAUGGAACACGAGAGGAUCCUUGAUGAGCUGGAAGAUAUAAAGUCAGAAGCAGAGCUCUUGAAAAAACAACUAGCUAGUGAGCGGCUCACUAUCAAGAAUCUGGAAACACUUCUGGCCUCCAACAGAGAAAAGGAGUUCCAAAGCCAUCUAACAACCCACGAAAAGGAUUCUGAAAUUCAGCUUCUGAAGGACAAGCUAACGCUUUCAGAGAGUAAACUCACCAGCCAUUCUCGAGAGGCGACCAUGCUGAGAAACAAAGUUACACAGCUGCAGGCAGAUUAUGAUGUCUCAAAAAGGCAGCUCACUACAGAACGAUUUGAAAGAGAGCGCGCAGUUCAAGAGUUGCGCCGGCAUGGUCUGUCCACAUCAUCUGUGCGAACAUCAUCGCCACUUACUUCAACAAUGAAGUCUUCUGCACUGUCGCCUGAGCGCUCCAUUUUAAGAACUGCUGAUAGAGAUGGCGACAGAUCUGCUGAAAAGAGUGUAAGCUUCAAGGAAUAAAUUGAAAACACACAGAAAUUUGAAGGAAAAAAUGAGCACACAACUCUUUUCUAAUGCUGGAUCUGUAAAAAGCCAUCCUCAAGAGAUCUCUGUAUUUCCCAAAUACCAAGGAGGGUGCUGUAGGACAGCAUGGCAUUGUUGGUAUAAUAAAUGAUCAGGCUGGAAAGGUUGCUCUAACAGGACGCGGUUAAUACUAAAUGUUGGGAGGGACAGUGGCUUUUAAUUUUCUUAAUCUGCAAAGAUGUUUUAAAAACAGACAUGGCAGACGGACGGUUUUGUCUCCUCUGCUAGACACUUCUGGUUUAAAUAGCGUUUAUAAGCUGUGGCCUUUCUGGAGCAACAUCCUAGUAUUAUAUAUGUGCCUUUAUUGUAAAAAAAAUCAGGUUUUUAUUUUAUCUGUGUGUGUGUUUGUAUAUAACAUGUAUUUCCCUUUAAAUGUGCCAAGUUAUACUCGUCUGUUCCGCGUAUUUACGUGUUACUUGUAUGUGAAAGCAAUGAGGCGUCACUGGUAAGAGCAAGAGAGGAAUUUGGUUGGCUGUGCAGCAGAACUCUCAUAGGCCCAUAGCACUGUAUCCUGUAAAUGAAAGUAGCAGUGUCAGCCAUUAAAGGCUGAGGUGGAAAAUAAUGCUGCUGCAAGCACUUGAAUCUUGCAAUGAAAAAACUCAAUGUUCAGUGUUCCCUUCUGUUGGUACAGGGCUGUAUGAAUAUGGGACUACAAACACAUGGAGAUCACACAGUGGUCAGUUCUUGUACUAUCAUUGCUCAUAUGUUCAGUAUGUAUGUUUCGCUUUUAGGACAGUGGCUCAUUGAGCAUUUUCUAGUGAUAAAACCCCCGGCCCACAACAGAACCACCCAUUCUGAACCACAGGGACCGAAUUACUAAGACUGUAGCAAAUGUAAAGCCUCCAGAAAAAUGAAUGUGCCAUUAUUCUGAGUGCUACAGCGCAGAGGGUGUUUACGUUAAAUAGGGCCCAGAAAUGAAAAUAUAGUAAUCGCAUGUACAGUUAUUUAGUAUUAUUUUAUGGUUGUUACUGAAAUAAGUAUUUGGUUUCACUUCAGGGUAAAAAUGUUUUAAUCAUUUAUCUCACAGCAGAACAUGAAUAUUCCAGUGAUGUAGCAUGCACCUCAUAAAUUGUCAUUCAUAUUUAUUUUUGUAUAUGUGACUAUUUAUUAAAAAAAAUAAAUAAAAAAUUUUUUAUCAUUA